GUUUACUCCCACGGCCACAAGUCAAGCACUGAUCAGCGGUGCAUCAUGGACAUUCCACCCACCGAACACGUCUUGCGCGCCCACCACGUCGGCCUACUGACACUUUUCUCACUUACGUUCAAAGAGUUCGAGGGAAAGCUACCGCCUGCCUUUCUGCUGCACAUAUACCGGCUUCUGUUGAACGAGGUUUCCGAGGUGGCCCCGCCGAAGUCGUUCACCGAGCUUCAGAUGGACCUUCUUUCAGCGAGCAAGGCGGAGCUCCAGAUCUCUCGCCGCUUGAUAGCGGGUUUCGAUGCUUGGAGGGAUGGUUUAGCAACGGCUGAGCGGCUGGCUCAGUUUCUCUCCGCAUUGCCGAAUCUGUUUCAAGAGAAGGUUGAGGGCGAAGAGGAAAUUCCACCUACCUUGCAACGACGCUCAAUCUUCGGUUACUUCUGUCGGCGGUGCCAUGCAAGCUACCUGAAGCUUACGUUCUACGGCGUGGGGAAGCUUCAGAAGGACUAUCAAUCGUGGUGUCGGGGAGUGGAUCCGGUCGAGAUCAAGUUUCCAGCUGCCAAGGAUCAGUUGCAGAGCCACAUCUAUAACUACAGAACGAUGGCGGACAAAGUAGUCUGGGCACGACCUGACUCCUACGACACUUUCAACAAAGCGAUGGCCACAGGGAACGAGAGUGUAGCUGUCGAAAAUCUCCGUCGGUUCUUCGAGCAACAUUUCCAUGAAAACAAUGAUUCUGGUUUUCGGCAGCAUGCGUUGCUGAAUCUCGUGCGAAUGCAUUAUGUGCGCCAGGAAUAUGUUGCUGCUCGCAAGUUACUGCACGAAGCAAUUGCAAUCGCCCGACUGAACAACGACAGGGUAACCUUGCAGCACUGCACAAGUCUACUACAUCGCCUGCCACCCACAAUUCCGCGUAAGCGGCCGACCCUGAAUGAAACACAACCAGACUUGCAUCCCAUGGAGAUUCUGUACGACGUUUCAAAGCUGAUGGACGAGGAGAAUGGGCAGCCUCUGAGCGCAUCGUUUGCGAGAAUAGUGGAGGGGGUCGGGUUGUAUGACCACUGGUUUGACACACAACCUAUUCCACCGGCUGACACCGAACAAUGGGCUCAGCAUGCUGUGCAGUCUGUUCUCUGGACCGCAGCUGGCUGUCCCGGUCUUGCUGCGUUGGAGGAAGAUCUCGUCAUCGCUUUCACGGACGAAGGCGGCAGUGAUAAUAACCGGACGACUGUGAUGCUAAACAAGCUGUACCGGCAUGCCAGGUCUGGGUACUACGAUCAGGCUUUGUCAGCCUUGCUACAUCCCAGCAUGUGGCGCGGCCUCUCCCUCAUAGAUUAUGGACUAUGGGCACAGGAAAUAUGGCAUAUCCUUGUUUUGAGAGCGACCCGGCGAGGACAAGAUCGCGCUUACCGAGAGAUCCUUUUACCGAGAAGACCUCCUGGGGAAUACAAGCCCAGGACGUACACGCUUGUCCCUGCGGGCCCCAAGCUUUCCAAAAUACAGCAGCCUCUCUGGGAGGUCAUCCAGAUGAAGCAAUGCGAUCAAGCUACGAGCACCAUGGAUGAUCUGCUGACGGCGCUAUGGCACUCUGAAUUUCUGGGUCGGCUCAGUUCAUACAGGACAGGUAUUAUUCUGUUGGCGGACGUGUCUCUCGAAUUUGGCAUGUCUCAAAGGUCAUGCAACAUACUACAAGACAUCAUGCCCCAAUUGAUCGCAGGGUUCGAUACAGAAUUACGAGCACUGGCAUGUUUUACAUUGGCUCGUUGCACGAUUGUGGCCGGGGAGACUUCCGCGGAGUCGCUCGAACAAGCUGUCAGAUACCUCACGAUUGCCGAGACUGAUUUCCUCAGCCUAGAGAUGUUUAGCGCAGCCAUGGACGUGCAAUACUUCCUCUCGGUCGUUUACCACAACUUGGAGCAAGACGCAGAUUGUGAUGCGGCAGCCAGGCGGCAUUUCGCGUCUCAGGAGUCAUUGAAGAGUCUGGAAAUCACGCAAGAUGGAUACAUACCAGUGUUGGAGAUUGUACGAGUGGUCGGUGCGGCUUUAGCCAGUCGUCAUGUUCCGGUAUCGUAGUCACGUGGACGUGUGUGUUGUGCUUCGUUGAAGAUUCCGCAUUCAGAACUCGACUUUUGACUUGAGAUCCUUCGACGCUAUCUGAGGGCCCCACCAAUCGAGCAUGGACGGCCCUCCCCCAGUCGAAGAGGACUUUUCUACACUUCCCGUCGCGGAGCGAUUAUCUCACAAGAACUGGAAGGCACGCGUGAGCGGCUAUGAAUCUCUCGUCAAGAUCUUUCAAGCUACCGCAUCGGACACCGAUCCCGCCUUCCGGCCCUAUCUCAGCAACCCUGACCUGCUGAAGAAGAUUGCCAUAGAUGCGAAUGCGGUCGCGCAAGAGAAGGGUGUCGAAUGCCUCGUCGCGUUAGUCAAGUAUGCGGGGGAGUCGGCCGCCAAGACCCGCGAAACGGUUGUGCCCGCCUUGGUAGACAAGUGUUUCGGGUCUACACGAGCGGGUACGAAGGCUCAGGCGAUCGAGCUCGCGCUGCAGUACGUAGAGGUGGAAAAUGGUGGCACGGGAGUUGUGACCGACAUUCUGCCUGGCUUGGCAGCCAAGCAACCCAAGGCGGUUGCUGGAUGCGUGACAGCGCUGAAGGAGGUUAUUCGCUCGUUUGGAGUACAGACUACGCCUCCACCGCCUAUUCUCAAGGCGCUACCGAAGAUAUUCGCGCAUAGCGACAAGACCGUGCGCGCGGAGGGUACCGCAUUGACCCAUAUCCUGUAUCAGUACUUGGGGCCUGGCAUAGAACCAUGGCUCGCAGACCUCAAGCCAGUGCAAGUUAAAGAGCUUAAAGAAGCUUUCGAGUCUAUGGAAGCUGGUGGGACUGGAAAAGGGACCGUCAAACCUGAGCGGAUGACCCGUGCUCAUGCGAGAGAGGUCGAGGCGGCGGGAGAUGCAGGCGAUGAGGGAAGCGGAGAGCCAGAGCAGGCAGAGGAAGAGGAUCCUCGUGCCUUCGCUGAGCCCGUCGAUGUCAAGCUGCCCGGUUCGUUACAUGCCAUGCUUGGAUCAUCAAAGUGGAAGGAACGCAAGGAGAUGUUGGACGACUUGCUCGCACUAAUCAACGCCGCGCCUCGUAUCAAGGACGGCCCAGAAAUGGGAGACCUUGCGAAGGCUUUGGCAGGCCGCAUACAGAGCGACGCCAAUAUCGCCUGUGUGAUGACUGCCGCUGCAUGUAUGGAGGCUCUUGCCAAAGGCAUGAUGAACUCAUUCGGGCGCUAUCGGGAAACGGUCGUCGCGCCGAUGUUGGAACGCAUGAAGGAGAGAAAGGCCACGGUGACGGAUGCGAUAGGAACUGCGCUUGACGCGAUAUUCGCGACUACUACGUUGGCCGAUGUUAUUCCGGAUCUAGGUCCGGCACUCGGAUCGAAGAAUCCACAAGUCAAGGAAGGAACGCUUAAGUUCCUCGGCCGCUGUCUUGCUACCUCGACAUCGCCCGUGCAGCCUGCGCAAAUCAAACCGCUUGCCGAGAGCCUCUCCACUCUGCUUGAAGAUGGAUUCGAAGGUGCACGAAACGAAGCCGCAACAUGCAUGGGAACGUUGAUGAAGAUGGUCGGAGAGCGACCUCUGAACGCCGUGAUGGACGGCCUGGCUGAUGUCCGCAAGGCUAAAGUCAAAGAGGCCUUUGAGAAGGCCACCAUCAAGUGCAAAUCAGGCGCAGCUCCAAAACCGGCGCCCCCGCCCGCUGCUGCCCCGGUCGUGAAGAAGAAGGCGCCAGCGCCGAAAUCUGCACCCCCGCCAGCAACCGAAGAAGCGGCUCCAUCGCCACCGAAAGCUGCAGCCAAACCUCCAGCAGCCAAGCCGCCUGCAAAGAAGCCUCCAGCGGCCGCGGCACCGAAAAAGGCUCCUGCUCCUGCUCAGGCAGCUAAAACGGCGGGCAAAGCAGCAGCGCCAGCAGCCGCAGGAUCUCUCGACACCUUCAAAUACAAGCACACUCCUGAAGAUGCAGAAGGACUUGCUGUCGAGUUGAUCCCAGCGGAGAUGAUGGCUGGCCUCGCCGACUCGAACUGGAAGACGCGCCUGACUGCGUUGGAAGAGAUGAUCACCUGGGUAGAGUCACUAGUAGACGAGAUUGACGCCGAAGUGGUCGUCCGGGCGCUGGCGAAAAAAGGAUGGGCGGAGAAGAAUUUCCAGGUGUCAGCGAAGAUCUAUGCGGUGUGCACUUUGUUGGCCGAGAAGGCGCCGUCUUUUGGGAGGUCGUGUGUUGCGCUCUGUGUCGGGCAUCUUUCAGAAAAGUUGGGCGAUUUGAAGCUGAAGAAACCGGCUGGCGAGACAUUGAUGGCCUUUGCGGAAAAGACUUCGCUGCAGUUUGUUUUGAAUCAAGCAUACGAGCCUCUUUCGAAGCAGAAGGCCCCCAAAGUUCUCGCCGAUGCUGUCGCCUGGAUCAAUUCGGCACUCAUUGAUUUUGGGAUUGCCGGGGUGUCCUUGCGUGGCCUGAUCGACUUUCUCAAGACUGCAUUGGGAAACUCCAAUGCUGCUGUGCGUACCAGCGCGACCAAGACCUUGGUUACUGUCAAGUUGUUUGCGGGAUCCAGCAUCAAGGACCUGCUGGAGGACCUCAAUCCCCAGUUGAUGAACACCAUCACCUCUGAGUUCGACAAGGUCGAAGGAAACCCAGCGCCGGAACCAAGCAGAACAUCGGCCGACCUAGCAAACAUGACGACCACAGCAUCUGGCUCUGCCUCGGCUGUCGGUGCCGGUGAUCCAAUGGAUGAUUUGUUCCCUCGGGUUGAGCUUGAUGGUCUGCUCAAAGGGACGACGAUUCUCGCCGAUGCCAAGAGCGAUUCCUGGAAAACAAAGAAAGAGGCAUUGGAGAACCUGCAAGGCAUUAUGGACCAAGGCAGCAACAAACGACUGAAGCCAAACAUGGGGGAGAUUGGUCAAGUUUUGAAAGCACGAGUGACGGACGCGAAUAAAGCCGUGCAGACACUGGCGCUCGACAUUGUGACGCGAGUUGCGACGGGAAUGGGCAAGCCGUUCGAGAAACACGCGCGACUGCUCGUUGGGCCCAUCGCGACUGUUCUGUCAGAUCAAAAGGCGCCGAUUCGUGCGGCCGCAGUGGCGACAUUAUCGGCGAUUGCGACGGCCUGCGACGGCUUGGAGCCGAUGAUGGCUGGACUGCAUGCUGGGCUGGAAACGUCGAAUCCCAUGCAAAAAGGGACCCUGAUGCAUUGGAUGGCAGAUUGGUUUCGCGAUCACGAGCCCGGGUCCUCGCUUGAUCUGAGCAGUCUAGUGGCAGGCGUGGUCUCUUCUUUGGACGACCGAAACGUCGAUGUCCGCAAGGGGGCUCAGGCUCUGCUCGCUCCGUUGAUCGUUUCUGCCGGUUUUGAUUAUGUGAUGCAUCAGGCCGGCAGCUUAAAGCCUGCCUCGAGAAAUUCAGCCAUACCAUUGAUUCAGGCCGCCCGACCUGCAGAAGCACCCAAGCCAGCCGCAGCUGCUUCCGUCAAGGCCGCCGCUCCCACCAAACCUGCGGCAGUUGCUGCGCCAGCGAGAUCUGCAGCAGUAACGCCUCCACCCGAGUCUCCGACAGCCGCAAAGGUUGUCAGCAAACUUGGAGUGCGCCGCAAACUGCCGCAAGGGAGCAGCCGACCAGAAUCACGUGCAGAGACACCAGUCGAAAGCGCCCCUCCACCAGCUUCGCGAAUGCUGGCAAAGCCUGCGGCGGGCGGUCUCCGCCGGCCUGGUGCCCCGAAAGCCGCUGUGCCGGUGGCAUCUCCGCCACCAGCCGCCAAUCUGGCACUGUCCGGUACCAAUCCAGACACCAAGAAGACGCGACUGGGCAAGGACGUGACGAAAUGGAUCAACGAGAGCGGGCCGACACGUAAGGACCUGGCCGAGUCGCUCCAGAACCAGAUGGAGCCUCAUGCAUCGAAGGAACUGGUAGCUCAGCUGUUCAGCCAUGACCAUAACGCCGUCAACGACCACAUCAACGGACUGGCGACCAUGUGCGAGUUAUAUGCCGACACCGAUCCUGCUGCCGAGGCCGUCUGUCUCGCCAACUUUGAUCUGCCGCUGAAAUACGCCUCGAUCAAAUUGCACGAGCCCCAACCUAACUUGAUCUCCAAGUGUCUUGAGAUGGUGGAAACGGUCGUUGCCUUUCUGCGCCGAGUCGCUUGCCAGCUGACGGACAGCGAGGCUACAUGCUUCAUCCCGACAAUCGUAUACAAGCUGGGAGACGCGAGAGAGCCCGUGCGAGCCCGGGUUCAGCAGAUCAUCCAGGACCUGCCGAAGAUCUAUGCAUACAGCAGAAUGUUCCAGAUCCUGCUCGACCACGGUCUGAAAUCCAAAGUGGCAAAGACACGGCAGGGCGCCCUCGAUGAGAUGGGUGCCAUCCUAAAGAAGUCGGGGAUGGGCGCCUGUGAGCCUUCCAAGGCCUUCCCGAUCAUCGCUGGGAUGAUAUCUGACAAGGACUCGGGCCGAGGGAUAUACCCUCGUUGGGAGAAGGUAUGGUCCCUGGUCGGGCCGCUUCCUGCCAAGGACAAGACCCAGCUCGAGGAGCGGCUUCGCCGGGUGCAGGGUCCAGCCCAGGCAGAACCUGCGCCGCCAGCCCAAGUCGCUCGACUUGCUGCCACUGGCGUGCAAAGACCCGGUUCUCCCGCUGGGAUGAGUCGGAUCGGAGGGCUCAAUCGACCGGCCAGUCCUGCCAACUUCAAACCUUCCCGUCCGGCAUCUCCCGGCCCUUCCAGCUUGCCUCGCGCCGCGUCUCCCGUACGUCGCACUGCCGUGCCUGCCGCCCCGGGGUCCUCUUCCCCCACGACAGGCAUCGCCAGGCCUAAAAGCAUGCUCCCUUCCAGACUCGGCUUGCCUCGCGCCAAGCUGCCUUCUGUCGCUUCCCGUGAUCCCAUCAUGCCUGCUGAAGAGCCACCGGCGCCUGCACCAGCGCCAGCAUCUCGGGUGCCCUCACCGCCACCAGAAGCGACCAACAGCGAUGAUAUCACAGUGACGAUUUCGAGCAUCCUGAGCAGCGAUGCCUCGCGGAGGCCAGAAGCAGGCCCGUCAUCUGCGCAAUACCGAGAGCUGGCAGAACACACCGAAGGACUAAUUGAGACGAUCACGUUGCAAAUGGCCCACAUUUUCGAACGGCCGGACAAUCUGGUUCCAGAGGAGAACUUCCGUCUGGCAAAGCAUCUGAUUCAGACACUGAACACAUUCUGCGACCACGCGUUCCUAGCCGAAUCGCUCACCGUCGAUAUUCUCACGUCGCUGCUGGAAGAGCUGACCCUGAGGCUGCUGGAAACGGACGACAGCCAUAUCAAGAAGGUCAAGGACUUGUCAAGGUUCAUCAACAUGAUUGUGCUAAGGCUGUUUGCCACGGGACGGCGAAUGCCAUCUUCCGGUGCGGCUCUAUUUGCGCUUUUGCUCCAGAUCGUGAAGCCGUUCCCAGGCAAUGGAACACCACCGGACGCAAAGGAAGCUAAAGUCGCCGAACUCGUGCUGAAACCCGGUCGAGCUAUCCCUGCGAUCGAGCACUUUCUGCAGUCUGUGCCGCCCAACGAAUGGCGUGCGAGGGCUACAAAUAAGGUUCCGUGCGGAGACAUGCCUUUGCGGACGAUCAAGGUAUCAUCCAGCACGUGGUUGCAUUCUAUGGUGACGAUGUGUAUGACCUGCUUUCUGCCUCAUUCGAUGAACCAUCGCGACAAUCACUACCCCUAUGUGUAUCGUAUCCUCAACUCGAACACCCGUGCUGCAAACGAAGCAGCGCGGCGGUAA